UUCCUGUUCCGCAACGGUUAUCGGUUGAUAGAUAGCUCGUCUGCAACAGCUGCUGCCUUCACAGUGUUGGCGGUACCCCACCAUUAAAACAAUAACCCGUCUGCUUUCCUUACCGACUGUCUUCUCGAGACUUUCUUAUUGUUUGUCUGACUCUGCACUGCGUAGACUGCAAGCAAUUAUUUACACAAUGGACAAAGUGGCUGUGCUGACUCACAUCCUGAAACCAGAAGUAAUUUCAACACUUCUUGGCGGGGAGCUGCCUGUCAGUGUGAUAAAGAACAAUAGGUACAUAUCCCUGCUGACUUCUGAUGCUCUUGCGACAGACAGAAAUGCAGAAGACAACUCCCUUGAUCAUGCCAUCCAAGCGGCUCUGACUGAUGAGACCAGAUCUGUGAUACUGACAGGUCCUGAGGGAUCAGGGAAAACCACCGCUUUAGAGAAGCUAGUUGUGGGCUGGGCGAAAGGAGAGCACUUUCAAAACUUUCCUUAUGUUUUCCAUUUCAAGUUGAGGGAGUUAAAUUCUCUCACUGGCAAGCUCUCCCUGGAAACAUUACUCCUACACCACCACGGGAAUGUCCCUCGUGAGUCACUGCCUCUAAUUCUGAAGAAUCCUGCAGAGGUGUUGUUUGUGUUUGAUGAUCUUGAUCAGUGCAAACAAAGCCUGGAUCCGUCCGCCCACACCCUGUGCUCUGACCCCAGCCAGGCAGCCUCAAUGUCAUGUUUAGUGGCAAGCUUGCUUCGUGGAUCCCUGCUGAAAGGAGCUGCCUUUGUGGUUGCAUCCAGGUCAACAGGAUCCCUGAAGUUUCUGAGCGGCACCAAGGUGGAGGUGUUGGGGUUUCUGAAGCCUCAAAGAGAAGCAUACUUCAACAAGUUCUUUCCUGACCUGAUUGCUGCAGGAAAAGCAAGAAUCCACAUGGAAAAGACUUUGGGCUUUUAUGAUAUCUGCACUUCCCCAAGAUUUUGUUGGACAGUUUGUUCUGUUUACAAGUCUCUGAUGGAUGCUGGUGCUAAACUUCCUGAAACGUUAUCUCAGCUCUAUGUAAACAUCCUGGUCCACCUGAUUCAGUCGCUCUCGCUGAACGAGGCCAGCAGCAGAGAGUUCAUAUCUGCCCUCGGCAAGAUGGCUUCUCAUUGCCUCCUUGAUCAGCAUUCGAGUUGCACCGAAGAAGAAAUGAAUUCCUUUGGUUUUCAACAGUUUCUUACUUCCGUUGGUGCUUUUCUGCAAGUUCAUGGUGACCAAUCAGAGAGACGUGUCUUCUCCUUCCACUCCAGUCUGAUGCAGGAGUUCCUCUUGGCUGUCUCUGUCUUCUGUGACAACUCAACGCCCCGGGGUGCAGAGAAGAUGUUGGAAAAGCACAAAAGCCAUGCAAAAUUUCUGGAUCUCUUCUUGUCAGCUCUCUCAGAGCCACUUCAGCGCAGACCUCUGGAGAGCAUGCUGGGGGAGCUGAACUCGGAUCAGAUCAUGGAUUUCAAGAAGUGGUUUAAAAGCAACUCAGAGCAAACACUGAAGGGAUUUCACAAAGAAAAGCACCAACACUGCUUCCAUCUGCUUCAUCAAACUCAGAAUGAGAGUUUGGUGAAAGAGAUUAUCACCCCCUCAGCACGAAUAGGCAUCAGCUAUGGAGACCUGAGCCUCCAGGACUGUGUGGCUCUGAAUUAUGUGAUCACGUGCCUCGGUGAGCUGGAGCAGUUGAAUCUGUACCACACAAGGAAUCUGACGGAGGAACAAGCAGAGAGGCUAGCUCCAACUAUGACCUUGUCACGUAAGAUAUGCUUGUCACAGAGCUCCUUGAGUGCAGGGGCCGUCUCUCAUCUGGCAUCAGCACUCAGCAGAGGAAUCACAAAGGAGCUCGAUCUCUCACAUUCACACCUCGGAGAUGAAAAGUUUAAAAUUCUCUGCGCUGGCAUCAGAGACUGCAAGCUUCACACAAUACAACUUACAGUUUGCAACCUGACAGAGGCAAUGUGUGAAGAUCUGGUGUCAGCCCUGACCUCAGGCAGCUCCCAGCUGUGUGUGUUAGACCUGACCUUUAAUGACAUCGGGGACCAGGGCUUGACGAAGCUUUGCAAAGCGCUGCAGAGUCCUCUGUGCAAGCUACAGGACCUCCAGCUACACGGCUGCAAGUUGACUGCUGCAUCCAUGGACUCAUUAUCUGCAGCUUUGUCUUCUGGCCAAUCCGAGUUGAGAGAAGUGAACCUGAACCAUAACACGAUUGGUGAAAGAGGAGUGGAGGCUUUGUGCAAGUCUCUGCAACACCCGCUUUGCAAACUGCGAAGCCUCAAAUUCUUCGACAGCGAUUUGACAGGUUCUUGCUGUCCUCAUCUAAUGGAGGCCUUGAUGUCGGAGCACUGCUCUCUGUCUGAGCUGGACCUGUCAGUGAAUGAUUUGGGACAGGAGGGGGCGCUGCAGCUCUGCCAAGCCCUCCGUCAACCCGGAUGUCGCCUAGAAAAGCUCUGCUUACAACGAUGCGAGUUGACCGAGCCGGUCUUCAAAGAGCUGAGCUCAGUGCUGACAAGUGGGACUUCUCGACUGAAGUCCCUUGCUGUGGGUAUACAUGCAGUGGGAGACCAAGGGGUUAAACAUCUUUGGGAUGCUGUUGCACAUCCAAGCUGUCUGUUGGAGGAACUGGAUGUUGAGAUGACCGGUUUGACGGACGCCUGCCUUGAGGACUUGUGUGCUGCUAUAAGGGCCAGCAAGACUUUGAAGACCCUUGAAAUGAGGAACAACUCGCUGACCGACGCUUCCGUCCCCGCCAUCGUCGAGGUCUUGCAGGACAGCGACAACAUGCAGGAGAUGAACCUGAAGUACAACGACUUCAGUGAAGAAGCUUUGAGCAUCUUGGACGAGUGUGAUAAAAUAAGAUACUGAAGACGGAUCACACACUGCUAGAGGAUCACAAACAGUGAUUAUUAUUUGAGUUCAAGUGAUUAAAGGACUGAUUAAUUUGUCAGUCAACAGAAACAUAAGUAUUCAAUCACUCAUUGUAUAAUCAUACGUCAAGGAAUAUUGUGUUGGGGCACGGCACAUUCACUGAUUACAACAUGUCAAAUGUUACAUUUUAUUUAGCUUUUUUCUCUGCUUUAAAUAAGAUAUCUUUAGGUUUGGACUGUUUGACAAACAAGAAACAUGACCAGUUGAUAGAAAAGACAGACUAUGAUACUUAUACUGACACUUAUUAUUGUAUAUCAAGCAACUAAUCAAGAAUAUAAUCAGCAGCAGUUGUACUCAUUAUACAGUCAAGUUCGCUAUAUAAUAAAAAUCCUACACAUUGUUCACUGAUGCAUAAUCUUUUAUUAAGAAAUAUUUGGCAUUUUAAGAGAGAUCUUUGGCUUACUAGAGUAAGCAGUAUUUUCAAUAAGGCAGAUUGCAGUGAUUUGUUUUUUCAGCUGUAAAUAUAUUACCAUUUUCACAAAUAAAAUGUAGAAAACG